AUGAAAGUGCCGUGUGCGAUAGUGGAGCUCGUGAGCGACUUCAGCGGUCUGAACCGGACUCCAGACUUCAAGCAGGUCCGUACUACUACUCCCUGCUCCGGAGAACAGCUGAAGCGAGCCGAUUCCUCGACAGUCUCCGAAGGAUCCGCCGCCGCCGGUCGCCGUCAUUCCAUCAACAUCGCCGUCGGUGUGGUCAGUAGUUCCGCUCAAUUUUUCCCAUUUUGACGCUCCUCAACAUCCCGAUCUAUCUUCAAUAUCAACACACUUCAAUAUUGCGUGUGAAGAGCGCUCAAAAAUACUUUCGCUAGUUGAGGUGUUAUUAAAAAAAAACAAGUCUUUUCUUUAUUUGGAGAGGCCAUCGUGCCGUCUUUUUGAAAGAGGUUGAGAACCCUUGAGAAAAGGGACAGGAUUUUUCUGAAACGGUCAAGAUAUUCUUUAUUAUUAGAAAAGAAACUGAAAAUAUUUUGACAAAUUGGCCCAUUUUCAGCUUUCAUAUCCAUAAUAAUGGUCUCAGGGUGCAGUCGAUAAAUUGUUUUUUAUUUUAACUCUAUCAAAAUAGCAUUCUCUUAUUUUGAUUUUGUUUCAGGAUCAAGUACCUGUGGUUCAAUGUGAAAAAGCCGAUCCAAAACAACGAGGUCGAUCCGGCUCCAUCGCCGUGAUGAGUGACGCCGAAAACGCCAAGUUCCUUAAAGCGAGUUCUGCUAGAAGGUUCGUAGAAUGGAAAAGAAAAGGCUCACCUGAAUCGUUUAAAAAAACAAAUAUUUUCCAGACAGUCAGAUCCCUGCAUUUCGCACGUCGCCUCGUCGACGAGCCUCAAGGAGAAGCUCAACAAAAUGAAGAGACAGAGCACAACGGAGAGCGAUAACGAAAUUCGAGAGGUCUGCCGCUUCACCUGUCCUAUCUAAUCUGAGGGAAAUACCUCUAGGAAGAAGAGGAGGACAAUACUCCGGCGGCAGAGUGUCGGUCCGUCGGCUCCUACCAAGUUGUAUGA